AUGGUCUAUGCGGAAGCGCCAUGGGUAUUCAAGGGAAAGCACACGCUUGGAGGUUUUUACCUGGCUCGCUACGAUGACAGCCCCGCGGGAGCGUUUGACGAGCUGGUAGCCAUGGCGGGCCUCGUGUGGAAUCCGCCCACCUCGUGCGCCUGGGCCGCCCGGGUGUACGUCAACAACAGGCUGGCCACAUUCAAACUGACGGGCGGAAGCGGCAACACGAAGCCAGGCGACGGGGCUGGAACCGGAUCCAGGAACUGGUGGUGGCGGCCUGGCCAAGAGGAGGCGGCUCACCAUCCCAGGUGCUGCGGGAGACAGCACCAGCACCAGCAGCAACAAGAGCAGCAGGGGGGCUCUUCACAGCCGCAGUCAAGAGACACCUUGGUGCUGAGUAACGUGGACUGCGGUCGGGGCCGGGGCCUGUCAUCGGCCGUGUGCCGAAUCACCAUGCCGGACACCAACCGGGCCUGGGGACCCCGCAUCACCUUGUCCUUGCCCAGCUUCAGCGGGGCCACACCCGAGGUGCCGGGGCUGCUGCGGUACGCUUGUGACUUGCAAACCAAUGUGGGGCUGCUGGCGCCGCUGGCGGUGGAGGUGCCGGCCGCGGGUCGCGGGGAGGAGGACAGCCGCGAGCACCUGGGGGCGCUGCUGGGCGGCCGGCCGCUGGUGACCCUCGAAUUUGCACAAAUGGAGAUGCAUGUGGAGGAGCCCGAGGCAUUGUUGGUUGGCGCCAGCGCCCAGCAGCAGCAGCAGCAGCAGCUCGAGACGGUUGUGUCGCAGCGAUGGGCGGGGGCACGGGCCGCCAGCCUCACGGCUGCUUGGGCAGGAAAAACUGCUAAAGCAUAA